AUGAGCACUACCACUUCGAACGGCAUCAAGCAAGCGUCUGAAACAGAGACGUCCGAGUACUGCUCCAUGGCAGCGUCUCCCCGAUACUCGACAAGUGCAGCGCUCAUGACACUGAACGACAGUACGGGCGAGACGGAGCACUCGGCGUUGCACGUGGGCGACUCCGAUACGACGGCACCAGCGCCUCCCACUGCGUUGCAGCGCAUUGUGCGUCGCUACCGGCUGUUGGAAUUUGGAAGCGCAGCUGUUUUGCUGGCACUGGCGCUGUUGUUUGCGAACAUUAAAGUGCACGAGCGUCCGAUUCCUGCGAUUAAAGUUCGAGUAAGCUCUACUGUAACAACGUAUGCGCUCGACCCGUCGAUCGACGAGACCAAGUUGGCUGAACAAGUUCCAAUGUGGCUCUUGAUGGCCUUAGGUAUUGGUCUGCCAAUUGCAACAAACAUCGUCGUGAACUACGUGCUCCCGCUCGUUUGCCAAGUCCGCGUGAUUGCGCACGAUACGCGCGACCUUCUGCUGAGUCUCUUCCAGUCGGUCGCGCUCGCGACGUUCUUUACGCAGUUUACGAAAAACAUCACCGGUCGCUUUCGCCCGAGUUUCUACGACAUGUGCAAGUGGCAGUACGACGUUGUCUGGGACGGCGUCUCUAACUUGUGCACAGAUGCUGCCGGAGAGAAAGAAGGACGCAAGAGCUUUCCGUCUGGCCACGCGUCUUUUGCGUGGGCCAGCAUGCUCAUUUUUGCACUUUACAUGCUGGGUCGAUCGCGUCUCAACUGCGAAAAUCGCAGCAGCACGACGCUGCGAGGUGGCAAGAAGUCGUUGAUGCUGUUCCUGUGCUGCACGCCGAUAAUCCUCGCGUCCUGGAUCUCGGUCUCACGCUGCAUUGACAAUUGGCACCACUACAGCGAUAUCUUGGCAGGCAGCGUCAUUGGCGCAGUAUCGGCGCUGUUUGCGUUCAACUACAACUACGGGUCGAUCUUCAGCUGGGAUUGUGCGGGACUGCCUCUCGAGGAGAUCCACGAACGCCGCAUGAUCAAGGCCAAGAAAGUAUGGAGCGAGCGAUUUAACGAGCCAUCGUCGUGGCACACUGACCGGGACUCGCGACCGCCUCUGCUGAAUCACAUGUCGGGUGAGUUUAUUGUUGACCUGAGUAGCCGCAGCCGAGACUCUGUCGGCGUAUAA